CUCAGAUAAUUGAAAUGCAACAGCAGCAGCCAGCUCAAACAGGCCAAUGGUCGAUCCCAGGCCCGCCUCAACAUGAGUUUCAUCCUUACCCUCCCAUGCCUCACCCUCCACCAGUCCCCUCACGUCUCGCACCUUAUCCCCCGGAGGUCUACACAUAUGUAUAUCAACAAUAUAUGCACGGGGUUCACCCAUUCUACGGAGCGUCAUACCAGGCCCCUCCCUACAAUUUGGGUGGGUAUCCCCUGCCGUCCAGAGUAUGGGUGUACCGCCGGCGGCUGAGCAGCCUAGCUAUCCUUCCGCACCCCCCUUGGCGCAACCCUCCUACAACCAACAUUUGGAGCAAGUACCAGAGCAGCGAGUACCGGAGCAGCAAGCACCAGAGAAGCCAGCAUCAGUAGCCGCCGCUGAGGAAAGCGUUGUCAAGCGCGGAAAGCGCAAGGCGGUGGACUUGGAUGAUGAUGAUGCUCCCCCACAAAAGAAGCAAAUGGUCCACGCCCUCCUUUACCAUCCAGAUUUUGAACUGGUAGAAAGUAACGGCGAGGCCCGUUACAAAUGCUGCCUGCCGCAAUGCGAAAACGUAGCUGCAGUGCGACAAGCUGGUAUUCAAGGCCAUAUCAGAUCGAAGAGGCACCAGAAAGCCGGGGUUCGGUUCCAAUCCCCAGUAUGUAACGAAGCUGUCAGUCGCAUGGACCCUUCGAAUAUAAGCCGCUCUUGUUCCAAGAACCAACAAGAGGCCAACGAGGUCUCUCAAAGACCUUGCGAAGGUCCGACUUCAAGCCAGCCGUUCGAAUAUUUUUCCAACAAUUUUGAAGAAACUACCGAUUUCACUCCGGGCGAGCCGUUGCAAGAGCCUGUCAACAGUCUUGAUAAAACUGUCGAUUCGGCUUGGGACGAGCAGGUGAACGAGUUUUUCAGCAUUAUUAACAAGGCCGCCGAAUCGACUUCGGGCGAGCAGUUGGAAGAGGCUGUCAACAAUUUUGAAGGAACUGCUGAUUCGGCUUCGGGCGAGCAGUUGGCGUUUGUCAACAGUCUUGACAAAACUGACGAUUCGGUACCGGACGACUUGUUUGAAUAUUGUAUGAACAAUCUCGACAAAAUGUACUAUUCGGCUCCGGCUCCGGGCGAGUCGUUGGAUGAUUUGUUAAAUCGUUUGCUUUCUUCGCAGGCAUCUUGAAUCGUCGCUACUUCAUUCUGACAAUAUUGUAACAUCAUGUACACCUGGAUACAUACAAAGUACGAUACGGCUGCAAGCUGGGACUUGCAAGACUCGUGCAAGGCACAUGGGGCGAAUUCGGAAUGUACGGGGCUGUAGUCUACUACUCAAGUUGAAGUUUGAAUUACAUAAUUAUGUAACCACCAG